UGUCCUGCCUGCCUCUCCAGGUGAGUGCAGGAGGACCCUGUGCAGUCUGCACCGCGUGUGUGUGUGUGUGUGUGUGUGUGUGUGUGUGUGUGUGUGUGUGUGUGUGUGUGUGUGUGUGUGUGUGUGUGUGUGUGUGUGUGUGUGUGUGUGUGUGCGUGCGUGCUGGUUCGCGCACACGUUUAUAUAAGUGAGCCAGAGUGCACGUCUUUCUGUAUGGAGUGCAUGAAGUGGGAGCGAGCGAGUGUGUGUAUGAGAGAGAGGCGGUGACAUUUUUUUUCAGUUUGUAUUCCUGGAAACUGUUCUGCAGCAUUGCUCAAUAAUGAAACUAGUGUGUGUAUAUGUAUGUGUGCGUGCGUGUGUGUGGGUUGGUGGGAAGAAGACGAGAAGAAAAAAAAAAAAAAACAAUGACACAAGGUUCAGGGAGGGAAAGAAGGUGCAAGUAUGCCUGGAGACUUACUGAGACGGACUGAAGGGAGCUUUCAGAGAUGUCUCUCUCACUGGUGAAGUCUGCAGUGAAUCUCUGAAGCGCCGUCGUCCUUUCCGUCUGCAGCCAACAUGUCCCAGCUGCUCCAUGUGGAGAUCCCGAACUUUGGAGCCACAGUUUUGGGCUCCCUCAACGAGCAACGCCUGCUGGGACACUACUGCGAUGUUUCCAUAUUGGUUAAAGGUCAGGCAUUCAAAGCCCACCGGGCUGUCUUGGCUGCCAGCAGCCUCUACUUCCGUGACCUCUUCAGCAGCUCCACCAAGACUCAGUUUGAGUUGCCCUCCUCAGUCACACCUGCUUGCUUUGAGCAGAUCCUCACUUUCUGCUACACAGGGAAGCUAACGAUGGCGGCUAGCGAACAACUAGUGGUCAUGUACACCGCUGGCUACCUCCAAAUUCAGCACAUAGUUGAAAAAGGCAUGGACCUCAUGUUCAAGGCAAACUCGCCUCACUGUGACUCUCAAACAGCAGGGUCCCUGGAGGAGACAGGAUCCGAACCGCAGAGUCCUUGUAAUAACGGCAACAGCCUAGCAGUGGCUGCCCUUUUGGGAACUCCCGGCUGGUGUCCAUCUCAGCGUAAGAUCAAAGUAGAAGGCGGCGACCCGACAGCCCCAGCCGUACCCUCCACGCAAAGCAAGAUUUCGUCUUCGGAGUUGGGGAGUCGCCUGGCCAGGUCCAGUUCGCUGUUCUACACAACGGCCGGAGGGACCCCGAUCCCUGGGUUGCCUCCCUACCACCUUCCAGGGGCCAGUGGAGGUGGGACGGGGGGAGGGGCAGGGGUGGAAAGGUCCAGCCCUGGAGCGUCCAGCCUGCCCACCACUGACAGUCCCACAUCCUACCAGAACGAGGAUGAGGAGUUCGAAGAAGAGCCAUAUGAUGGGAUCCCUGAGGAUACCUACAGUCACCUCUAUGGACGUUCCACUAACCCCUAUGGGAUUCAGGACAAGGUGGAGAUGGCAGCGGUGCCGCUGGCCUUGGAGAACCGCAACUGUGUGCUGAUCCGCAGGGACCUGGUGGCGCUGCCCGCCAGCCUCAUCAGCCAGAUCGGCUACCGCUGCCACCCUAAGCUCUACACCGAGGGCGACCCUGGGGAGAAGCUGGAACUGGUAGCUGGUACACAGGUGUUCAUGACUCGAGGCCAGCUGAUGAACUGUCACCUGUGCGCUGGCAUCAAACACAAAGUGUUGCUGCGCCGACUGCUCGCCACAUUUUUUGAUAGAAACACUUUAGCCAAUAGCUGUGGGACAGGCAUCCGCUCUUCAACGAGCGACCCGAGUAGGAAACCCCUGGACAGCAGGGUCCUCAACGCUGUCAAACUCUACUGUCAAAAUUUCAACCCUAACUUCAAAGAGAGCGAAAUGAAUGUCAUUGCCGCUGACAUGUGCACAAACGCGAGGCGUGUCCGCAAGCGAUGGUUGCCCAAGAUCAAGUCCAUGCUGCCUGACGGCAUGGAGGUGUACCGCGCAGGUAUGGGCAUGGGUGCCGCCGUGGGCCUCGGCCUGGCUCUGGGCGCCUCGCAGCCGGGGGUGCCCCUCCCCUUCGAGCCUGACUUCAAAACCCUAGAGCAGAGGCUGUAUCCAGAUCGCAAAGACCCCCUCAGGACUCACCCACCGCUGGCAGAAGGCAGCCCCGGAUCCGGGGCGGCCGGAGGGGAGGCCGAAGGCGAAGGCGUGGCCCAGGAGGAACAGGAGGAAGACGAGGACGACGCCGGGCUGGAAGGUGUCGACAGGUCGCUGGGGGGCCCCGCUUUGAUCCCAGGGGCCGAGGCGGGUAGUGGCGCUGACACGCCACCUGAGCAGGAAAUACAAAGCUUCGGACAGGGUUUGCGGGUGAACGGACAGUGAAUGUCCACGCGGCUUGCCUCACACAUUGUGAAAAUCUGUUAAACGCCGCAUUUUUAUGUUUUCCUUGUUUUUCUUUCUCUUUUUUUUUUUUGCUUGCUCUCUACAUGUCGUCAACAACUCCUCCUUCUCUGUGCUUCCUCAACAAGAAUUAUCCAGUAUAAAAUGCUGUGCUUGUGGAUCUUACUAUACAAGGACUUGUCACACAUGCAUGUGCACACAUGUGCUUCUGUACACGCACACACGCUCAUAGUAGAAGUAGAACACUGUGGAGGUAGGCACAGGCAUGGCACCAGCACGCUGAGGGAAUCAAUACUUUCUGCUCCACCCUAUUCUUCAUAUGUUCAGUAUUUACUAGGUAUUUCCGCACCCGCAGCAAUAUUACAAAGGACUGAUAGCAGAACAAAUGACUGUAAUGAUUCAUCAUUCCAGUGUAAUACAAAGGCAGUAGCUGCUUUCCCGGCAGUUUAUGAAGUGUGGUGUAAUGGUUAGUAAAAUGAUUAUAUUUUCUUGGAAAGCUGCGUCUGAAAAUAGCUCCUGUAACCUUGGAAAAACAGUUGGAAGGAACACAGGCUCUCAUUUAUAAAACAUCCUUUUUUUUUGUAGUGUUUAAACACUUCACAUCACAUGAUAAAUAUGUGCGGACAUAAAUCAAGAAUAGUAUUAAAGGUCAGGUGCUAUAUUAAUUUUCUUGCCUGUUAAAACGUGCUUUUCUGUGAAAGCCAACGACUUCUCCCCAGUCCAACGCCGAAUCUAUCACAUGGAGCUGUUUUUUAUGCCUAUUAAGCCGUGAAAACCUCGGAUUGAAUUUUCAAUGCGAUGCCUGUGUCUGCUCCACCCCCCACCCCCCCUCCGGCAUUCAGUACCACCACACGUACAGAUAUACACACUCUUUCCCACUUGAUGACAUUUUAGCCUUUAAUAUCUACACCGAUGCGUAAGAAAUGCAUAAUUCUGCGUUGGCGCGACAGAGAGACGUGAACAAGAACACGCACUAAAAUCUGAGCUCGCAUGCAUGAGUACAAACAGUGGAUACAGCGAAGCCACAAACCUGCAUCUAAAUAAGAAAACAGCUGCCGUUGCCUCGAAAUAUGCCAUUAACACGCAGUGGAACUUUGUUUUUCCUAUUUCCCACCGGGAUCUGACCUCAGUCUGACUCACAGUAGAACUGACCUGGCUGUGACCUGGGAAUGUCUGUGUUUGACACAGUAUCGAUUGGAUUCGUGUUUCCUAUUUCCUUUUCCUUUUUUUUUUAUGACGGCGUGUGUUGUCACCAUGAGUAGAGGACACUGACUCUGUGGCGUAGUAAGAAGUGCACUACACUGAGCGGUAGAAGAGAAAUACCAGAGAGAAGCAAGUGUUUCACCUUGAUGCGGUGGUGUGAUUGGCACAGAGGCUACAUGGUCCUGCUUCCAUCCUGUUAUUUUCCUGAGUGGAGGGAGGGGCCGGGGUAAAUUAUUUAAUGAAUCUUAUAAGAGCAAUUUCUGCUGGCUUAUUGCAUUUGCACUCAAAGGGGGUUAAUAGGUGGGGAAGCGAAAACGUUUGGCAAAAUGUGACUGUACUAAAUACUGCACAUUUCCUCCACAUCGCCCUGGUUAUUUAUUUGAUUUAGGGGAUUGUGUGUUUGGAAGAAAACUAAAGGUCUUUCUGACAAUGACUUUUGUGCUAAAAGGAGUCAGUGAGGAAAUGUCAAACAGCGACUUAAACCUGUACUCAGUAAUUUUUUUAUAUCUGUUUUCACGCUUGAAAACGUGUUGCCACGCUUAGGGACGUAGUCUCAACAGCUUUUUUUUUUUCUUUUAGAAAGAUGCACUGUUUUAUAAUUUGUUCUGCUUCAUGGGUUGUCCUGAUCAGCAGUAAAGCACAUUCAAUCCUACAAUCAGAAGAUUUGACUUAACUCAAAAGAUUUUAAGCCACGACCUUAAAGUCAUAGAUAUAAAUCAGUCACUCAGUAUUUCUACUUAUAAUCAAGCAUUGAUUGAUGUGAUCUGUAUGCUUUAGUGCUGUAGCAUGUCAAGACCUGGACCCGGUUGAUCUCCAUCUGCGUUCUGCAUAUCGUGUUUUGGGUUCUUAAGCGGAGCUUUAACAUUGCCCUGCACAAGAAUCACAGGGUUAAAAUUGCACUAGGUAAUAAAAAUGACGUUUACAGCGUAGUUUUGCUUCGAGAGGUGGCUGUGAUGGAACGGCUGCGUUGAUGGAUGAAUGUAAGCGCUAACACUGCUUUGGUGAAGGCUCUAAGCCUUGGAUGAACCUGGUGAAAUACUGAAUCUAUGGUUUUUAUGACUCCCCCUUCUCCUGAAUUGUAUACUCUCUACCAAACAAUGGGCCAUAAUAAAAAUCAACCUGAGUGUAAGGCUGGAUGAGAUCUAACCUAUAGCUCUAGUGAUUUUAUAAAGUGAUGUGUGCAGGUCUUCCAACCCAGUGAACACCAAGGAGCGUUUCCCUAGUAUCUGCAAAUCUGCUCUUUUGUUAUAUAUUUAUCUCACCAGUUAUGUACUGUAAAGUAUGUCUCGAAUGUUGAAAGAACAAUGUUCCCAGAACUGAGAGUCUCUGUGUAGAUUUAUACACGAGGUUAGCAGAUGAUUUCUUUAACUUUUAAUUUAUUAAGCUUUGUUUCCUAAAAUUGAAAUAUAGAAUAAAGUAAAGAUUUACAGCUGUAUAUUGCAGCCACUAAUGUAAUUAGUGGACUUUUGAGAGGAUCACCUACACUCCUGAAUUGCACUGAUGAUUUUGUCAACCAUUUGUCUUCCCAAAAUACUUAAUUACAGUAAUUACCUUACAUUACAACUUAGAGUGUUUGGCUAAAAAUGGAGUGUGCAGCAAGUUUGAGAAAAUGCAUUGAGUUUGAAUAUCUUACUUUUGAUUUUUAUGCACAAUACAUUUGAGGAGAAAAUGUGUUGAACAGGAGUAAUUUUGCCUAAAUGAACAACUUAAUCUACACAGGACAGCUGCAUAGGGUGGUUCAUUGAGAAAGUCCACUGUAGUGAUGAAGGGUUGUGGAGCAGUGCCUUACACUGUGACUGUGUGGGAGUGAAUGUUGUGAUGUGCACCAUAACUUUCUGUGACUAAACAAAGGGCCCAUUAACUGGUAGAAUACAGUUACUUAAAUUGUAAUUUAGAUGUUAAAAUUGGAAGGAUUAAGUUGACAUGUACUACACUGGAAGGUGUUGGACACAGAAACAGUUGUGAUGGUUUAUUGAAAUCUAACAUAUCUUUUUUAUGUCUGUAUUAGUCAAACCUGUCUAUUUAACUUUCACGGUUAAAUUUAAGAUACUUCCCGUGUUCCCUGCCCAACAAAUCCUACUGCCCAUUUUAGGAAAAUAUUUUCUUGCUUAUCUUCUGCUUGGGUCUAUUUUUUCAUUUUUUUUCCUUGUGCAGGGUGAAUUUGAACAUGAGUGAUGUUGCACUUAAAGCUGAGGAAUUCUCAGAGAAUGUCAUGGCCAAGCCUUUGGGGGAUUAACGCUAUUUGAGGUGUCUGAAAGAAAGACAAAGUCCAGUAAAAUGUAUGUAUUAUUAUGUGUGUUUAUCUGAUUGAACAUAGUUUCUCCAUCACAGAAAACUCUGUGGGGAGUUUUUUUAAACGUUUUCUUUUUCUUCCAUUCACCUGUAACGUUUACUAAAAAGUAAGAGAAAAGAAAAUGGGAUCGCUGAUCAAAAACUUAUUUUCAUGAAUGUUCUUUUCUUAAGCGAAUGGUUACUACUUUUUAAAACAUAGUGUUCUGUCCACCCCCAUUACUGUAAAAAUACUGUAAUGGACACCAUAGUUUUUGUUCAAUGGAAUGGUUUAUCUUGAAAUUAAUACAUUUAUAUGCAACAAAAUACUUGUAUAAUAAAAUGCAUGCCAUUCUGACAGUCACUCUAACCUGAAAAAACCUCUGAUCUUUAUGCACCAUGUAUUUUAUGCUGAACAACUGUUGUCACUGUUAGCAAACAAAGACUGUGGAGAUUUGCAAUGAGAUGGGUUGUAUUUUUUAUCACACACCCCAGCCUUUUAUUGAAUGUUUGUGUAAAGUUUAACCUCUUGUAAAAUGACAUCAAAGUAGUGAUAAGGAGUGAAAUACAUAGACUAAAUAUCCAGCUGUGCAUUUGAACUUUCAGCAGACUCACACUAAAAUGCACUAUAGGUUUAUAUGUGUAUGUAUGCGUCAUAAUGCCAGCACUUUAGAACCACUUAGAAGAAUGAAACGAUGGAGGAAAACAUCAAGAGUGAUCGAGGGUUAGGUUAAUGAGAGCAAAACUUUUAAAGCCAUGUGUUCAGAGCGCUGACAAUCAGAUUAGGUAUGAGACCCAAAGUGCACUAUGGAAUAUCUGACAUGAUUUGCUAUUGCUAUUUGCAUUGUCUUUCUCCUGCUUUUUUGGUCUGUGCUAGCUUACUUACCAGAAUGUGAACGGAGCUGUCCCAUUUUGACUUGGACCACAUCUGCUCUGGUACAAAUUGGCCAAAAUUGGUCCAGGCUUAUUGGUAACCCCUUGAUGGACAAUCCAUAAAAGAAUAAAGGAUCUUAUCCUUAUCUCCUUACAUUUUGAUCAUGGCAGUGUUCCUAACUAUCAACAGGGUUUGGACCAGGCAAACUGGGAUGGGACAAUUUCAGUGCUGAUACUGCUUUAUGUUUCAAAAAUGUUAAAAUGUUUAUGCGCCUUCUGACUCAAGCAUCAAUGAUAUAUAUACUACAGAAAUGCAAGUUGCCAAUUUUGAUGUUACAGAAAAAUCUACCUUUCAUUCCCAUCAUGAUAUUUGCCAUCGGUUUCAGUAAUGUAGUCUAAGAGUACCCGAUUUCUUUAAAUGCAAUACAGAAAAAUCUGCUUUCUAAUAAAAGAUCUUACUUCACCAA